AUGGGAGCGAAGGGGCCGAAAUUCUCGAGCGACGAUCGCGUGAACUCGUUCGUCCGCGCCGCUGGAAGCUCGUCGACAUUGCUUUGUCCCGCACAAGGGUUCCCAGUUCCGUCGUUCAGAGCCCGUGGGAUCCAAGGCGCCAGCCUUUCAGAGCGACGCGAAAAGCGUCACCUAUGUCAGAGCCGCGAGAUCCUCGGUCGCGAUCACCUGCUCUGCUCAGGCAUCGCCACCUCCCACUCACAGGUAAUUCUCUCUCUCUCUCUCUUUUCGUCUGUCGAUUAUCGCGCAUCUCGCAAACACGAAACGGAGUGGUGGCACGUUCAAGCGGGGGCGAAUACACAUUUUGUGUUUUAAUCUUUUGAUUGGUUUUCUGCUGGAUAGUUGGCUUUCAUGAGAUGCUAUGGGCAUUUUUUAACGCGUAUCUGAUCUUAUGGGAAUGUACGAAAUUAUAUAGAAAAUUUUUUUUUUCUUUCAAGUUUCUGCAAUUAGAAUUUCGUUUGCUUAUAGAUAAAAUUAGAGUUAUCAAUACCUGUACUCCAAUUUAA